CAUUUAGUUAGUAAGUUAGUUAGUCGUUCAUUCAUUCCCGCGCUAUGCGUUUCAAAAUUCUAUAUAGUACCAUCAUUUUCAUAUGUAUCUGUUUCUAAACUGAUGGUGUUACUUCACCUCCUGAUCUUCCCUGCACCGUACCCUUGACGCCCAGCGCCGCCUAGCGGAGUCACAGCUCUUUCUCGUUACCAAUGACAACUGUUCAAACAAACAUCCCAGAACUGAAAACAAACUUAGUUAAACACAGGAGUCCAAUAUACUAUGAAGUGAUCUUCAUUAAUACCAAAUAAACUUCUGCUAUUGGAAACAUGAGCUCACCGCUGUCCACCCUGAGGAAAAACAAACGAGUUCCUCUACCAGACAUGCAGAGUGAAGGUUAUAGAAUUCAAAGAUACUGCAUUGCAAGAACUAUCUAGACCAUCUUUGAAAUAAUCAGAUGUCGUAUCUGUUUUUGUGAUCUAGAGAAAGAAAGCCUUACAAAGAAAGGUCAGAUAAUGACAAUGAAGCUCAAUUAUUCAGAGAGAUCUUUCCACAAAACCAGCCAGUGCCACACAUCAUGGACAAUCUUUCCACUGUAAGAGCAAAGGUUGUGCAAAAGAAGAAGGCAAAAGAAGCUCCGCCGAGUGAUUUUGAACUUAUGUCAGGUAUGAUCCAGAAGAUUGUUCAGCUUGAGAGAAAGGUGAAAACUCAGGCUGCAGAUAUUGAGCAAAAGGCGAGAAGAAUAGCAGUUCUGGAAGAGAAACUGAAUCUUUUGCAAGAGGCAGAAGAGAAAUCUACAAGUAAUGAGAACCAAGAUGAAGAACUGGCUCAAUUGUGCCUCAAGCUUCAAAACCAAGUGUGGGAAAUGGAGAAUGGCAUUUCCCCACCCACACAGAAGUAUCUGAAUGAUUAUGGAUUGAUCUGGGUUGGAAGUUACAAAGAACACGAUGAGCAGGCCAACAGCCAACUUCCUGGAGCCACUAAUGCACGCAAGACGUUCGAAAUGAACUAUCGCCUGGUCCUGCAGAACAUCCAGGAACUGAACAUUGUAGCAGGGGAAGGGGAGUCCCAUGUGACCGCCACUCCUGGUGGAGCCAAACUUACCCAGCAGUCUUCCAUACCUCUUUGGCUCUACAAAAACGGCAUUGUCAUGUUCAGUGGUCCAUUCCGCUCCUAUCAAGACCCAAGCACACAGGAAUGCAUGCAGGACUUGAUGGAUGGGUUUUUUCCUUCUGAGCUUCAGGAAAGGUUUCCCAAUGGUGUGCCCUUCCAGGUUCAUGACAAACGGGACGAGGAGUUCAUAGUUAGGCGACCAGGGACUGAGUUUCCUGGUAGAGGACAAACUAUAGAUGGAGCAGGAAGGCAUUCGGUGGGCAGUUUUGAGCAGACCAGCUCCACAGCCCCAAAGCAGAGUCAGAUACCAGGCAAAAAGCUGUCCAUGGAACAGUUCUUGCGGAAGCUCCCUGUGACUGUGGUGAAGGAAGGCAAAGUGAUUGGUAUACGUGACUCAAUCAAGGCUCAUCUACUGGGCUUUCCUGAUAAUGCCAAAAGUCACUCGGUGACCACUGUGGAAACAUCCGCCCUGCAGACCUUGAGAGCAUGUGAGACGGACUCUACACAAUCAGAAAAAGGCAUCACCACAUUACGACUGAAGUCUGAGGAUGGCAUGGAGACGUUUAUCAUGAAAAUGUACUUCACUGAGACCAUUGGAGAUCUCCGUCACUACUUGGAUCUGAAAAGAGGACCGGUUGCUGCACCAUAUGACAUCAUUAGUGCAUUUCCACACCAGUGCUACAGUGAUAACACCAAGACACUGCUGUCCUGUGGUCUGACUCCAAAUGCAGCACUGCUCCUGCGUCCUCAAGCUUUAUCUCACAGACACAUACAGAACAACCCUUAACUAAAGAAGAACAACCAUCAUAGAGAGUGAGCAUCAUUAACCCACUUUCACAGCGAUGCCACACCACUGCACACUUCAAAUAUCUCACUGAUCAUACACCAACAUGUAUGAAUUUUGGAAAUUGAUCAUUCAGGAAGGAAAUCUCAAACACAUCAAUAAAUAGGUUUACAAUAAUUUUAAUUAGUAAUCAAUGUGACUUAAAUUAUUAAUUUAAAAAAAAUUCAAAUUACAAUUAUUUAUCAACUGAUAAUUUAAAAGCUCUUUCUAUUUUCUGUAAAUGAACCAGGAGGAGACACCCUAUCACCUGUCAAGGUGAUCAAUGGUUUAUAAUUAACUUCCAUAUUAUUGUAAAUGUUCCAACUAAGUCUUUUAAACAUAUUUUUGCAUUGUUUGCAGAAAUCCAUUUACAAAUAGUCCUUUGGGUGAGGUCAAAUACACUGAAACAUCCCUAUAAAAACGGGUUUGGCUGCUUUAGCCACUCACAUUAUUAAUAGGUGCGCAAAAAACCCCAAAAACAACCAAAUAAUGUAACUUUUUGUUGUUGUUGUUGAAUUGUGUGUAUUACUUCUGCUUGUAAUUACAUAUUAAAAUGUCAAUACAUAUUAAAAAUGAAUAAAUGCUAAUUGUAAUCUC